GACAAGGGGGGAUAUUUCACGCAGGGCGGCUAUUUUUCGGCACAACACCGGCCGUCCAGGGCACCGGCCGUUCUGUGAUCCUCCAGAACCCACAGAUUACCAGUCCGCCCCUGCCCACGACGCAAUGUAAUCGACUGAAAGGUGGCAGAUACUUUUGGACAAGGAUCCGUUCAAUCUCGCUACUGCUUCGAGUCAUUUGGGUGCACGUUGAAACUUUGAGGCCUGCUUUGUUAGCCUAGCUAGUUUAGCAGCUAACAAAGGGAAACAACGCGCCUGGGAUAAACACGUAGCCGAGCAAGCAAACAUCAAGUCCCAAAAUGUCAGAUGUCAGUCAAGCGCAUCGUCCUGAACGCCUGGAGUCUGCUCGCAUGGAGGUAGCUGACGAGUCGCCAUACAUCAAAAAGCUGGAGGAAGAAUUUGUCCACAUUAAAGAGGAGCAGGAGGAGUACUUCAUUAGACUGCAGAACCCCCACAUUGAGGAGCAGCAGCAACCUCAACCCCUCAAAAAGGAGGAGGAGGACCCUCCAUAUGUUAAAGUUGAGGUGGUGGACAUCCCCAAGUGGACUAGUAAGCCCUUGAAGGGAGACGAUGGAGGUCCGAGUGAAGCCAGCAGAGGGACGGAGCCUCCGAAUGGCAGCAACAGCAGUUCAAAAGAAGGAUCCCAAGCAGACCUCUUCGCUGGACCAUCAGAGAGUGACGACUUCACAUCAUACUCGCUGUUCUGUUUCAGAAGAUAUCUUGGUGCUGAGCUGCAGGAGCCAGAAUCUCCUGGUGUAAAAGAGGAUGUUGAGCUCCCCCAAAUCAAAGAGGAGCCAAAGCCCUGUGAACAGAAGCAACUUCCAAUCAAAAAGGAGGAGGAGGAGCUGCCAUAUGGUAAAGAGGAGGAGGAGCAUAUCACCAGGUGGACUGGUGAUCCCUUGAAGAGUGAAGAUGGUCUGAAUGAGGCCGGCAGAGGGGCGGAGCCUCCAAGCGGCAGCAGCUCAACAGAAGGAUUGCAAGCAGACAUUUUCAUCGCUCCAUCAAACAGAGAUGGCGCCACGUCACACUCACCUUACAAUGAUGAUGGUCAUAAGACAUCUUACCGAGACGACAAACUCUGUAAAUGCUCUCCUUGUGGGAAAACCAUUGCUAAUAAGUAUAACUGUCGGAUGCAUAUGAGGAGCCACACUGGUGAAAAGCCUUUUUCCUGCUCGGUUUGUGGAAAAGGUUUUGUUUUGGUGGGAAGCCUAAAACAACACACAAGAACCCACACCGGCGAAAAACCUUUUUCCUGCUCAGUUUGUGGAAAAUGUUUUGUUCAGUCGGGAUACUUAACAAAACACACAAAAACCCACACUGGUGAAAAAGCUUUUUCCUGCUCACUUUGUGAUCGAAGAUUCGCUCAGAAGCAACACUUACAACGACACAUAAGAGGACACACUGGCGAAAAACCUUUUUCCUGCUCAGUUUGUGGUCAUGGAUUCUCUCAACAGCAACACUUAAAAAGUCACGAAAGAACCCACACUGGCGAAAAACCUUUUUCCUGCCCAGUUUGUGAUAAAAGAUUCAGUGACAAGACCACCUUAAAAAAACACACAAGAACCCACACUGGCGAAAAACCUUUUCCAUGCUCAGUUUGUGGGCAAAGAUUCAGUCGAAAGUCCACCUUAAAACAACACACAAGAACCCACACUGGCGAAAAACCUUUUCCAUGCUCAGUUUGUGGGCAAAGAUUCAGUCGAAAGUCCACCUUAAAACAACACACAAGAACCCACACUGGCGAAAAACCUUUUUCUUGCCCAGUUUGUGAUCGUCGAUUUGCUCAGAAGCAACAGUUAAAAAUACACACAAGAACCCACACUGGCGAAAAACCUUUUUCCUGCUCAGUUUGUGGUCAUGGAUUCUCUCAACAGCAACACUUACAAAGUCACGAAAGAACCCACACUGGUGAAAAACCUUUUUCCUGCUCAAUUUGUGGUCAAGGAUUCUCUCAAAAGCAACGUCAACAAAGUCAUGAAAGAACCCACACUGGCGAAAAACCUUUUUCCUGCUCAGUUUGUGGUCGAGGUUUCGCUGCAAAGAUAACCUUACAAAAACACAUAAAAACCCACACUGGCACAAAAAAACCUUUAGGUUAGGGUUGGGGGGUUACGUUCGUAUUCGUGGUCCACUUUAUUUUUGUGAUUGCAUUUCUGUUUGGACUUUGCCAUUUCGUGUUUUACCGUUUUUGGCAAUCAACGUCUUUCCUUUGGUUCUCUCGCCGACUGGCAUCAUUUAUAUCAUAUCUCCUAAUCAAAAUGCACUUUUCACAUUUAAUAUUUGAAACCGCCGACCCCAAAUUUCAAAAAUUCAAAACCAUUCAUAGAUAUUGUCAUUAAAUAAAAAUGGAAAUUUAGAAUAUAUUGUUCAAUACUGCAAAAAUCAUAAUUAAAAAAAAACUGGCUCACAAAUGAGUUUUUUGUGUGGGGGUUAAUGUAAAUAUAUAUAUAUAUAUAUAUAUAUAUAUAUAUAUAUAUAUAUACUGUAUAUAUUUCAAUUACUAUUACUACUAGUGAUUGACAGAGUAUGAGGACCAAAUGAAGAAAAAAAAGGACUAUGACAGUAAAGUAGUGUUCUUACGACAAGAUUUUUUUUUUUACUUGUAGCAAGUCGUUUUUUUUUAUUUUUAUUUUUUUUUAAUAAAUAAAACGCACGGAAUCAUUUCUGUAUUUAACUUUGCAGAUUAUAUUUGUUUUGUGUUGAAAAUCUUGUCUGUUCAUAACAUGGUCACCACCUGACACCUACAGGGGUCGCAUUGAAUGGAAAAGUUAACU